GCUGGGAGCCCCAUUCGGCUUGUCUGACUGUGUGUGUCGGUGUGUGUUUCUGUUUGACAGUGGGACAGUGAGCCUCUCUCUUUGGCCUCACAAGUUUCGGACUAUACAGCAGUACAUUUGGAGUUCCUGCGUUGAGUAUUAGCCAUCAUAAGGUUCACAGUGUCACCGUUUAUGUGUUGACCCACCCCCACUCUGACAUCACAUCACGCUGACCUCUGACUGUUUGACUCCUCCCCCAGCAGCCGUUGCCAUGGCACUUUCCUCACGCUUAAAGCUCUGGGAGCAGAAGAUAAAGGAGAAGAAGGAAGAGCCCACCUCUCCUCCGCCUCCUCUGUCAGCCCUACCGGGAGGCUUCCUCAAACAGCUGGUCAGAGAGACAGAGAAGGAGACCAAACAAAAAGAACCCGAGGUCAAAGAAGAGAAGGUGCCCAGUAAACUGAGUGACAACCUGGUGCAGCAGUUCCUCCUCCCAGACCAGACUCCACCAAUCCUGGAAGCUGAGAUGGCACUACGAAAUGAGCAUUUGGUCAAUGGAGAGCGAGGCCGCCACUCCAACCAAUCAGAUCUCAAGACCUCCUCGCCCCCGCAAAUAAUUUCCCCCGAAAUCAAGAGCCCACCCUUGGGGGACACAGCCAAAAAGGAAGAGACCUCAGAGCCACAGAAACAGGAAAUGACGACAGAGCAGCUGAAGCAAAAACAAGAAGUUACAUCAGAGCUGCAGGGGCAGGAAGUGAAGUCAGGGAAAGAGAAGGUGACAAAUGAUGCCAAGAAGUCAAAGAUGGAAGGAAAGAAAGAGAAGCAGAAAGAGGAGAAGAAAGAGGGUGUGAUCGAAGAGAGACUGGAGCCUGAGGGGCAACAAGCAGACACCACCUUAACACAACACACGAAGAAAGAGGUGAGGGAUGUGUGGUAUGAGAUUGGCACUGUGUGGUACGUCCACAAGGAGGGCUUCUCCCUAGCCACUCAGCUGAAGCCAGACGAAGGAACCCCAGAUCUCCCAGCAGGCUUAGUGAGAGUCAGAAUGGAGACAGAUGGAACACUGCAUGAUGUCAUGGAGCACGACAUCCACAAGUUGAAUCCCUCUGAGUUGGACCUGUGUGAGGACUUGAGUGAACUGCAGAGUGUGAAUGAGUGUGGAGCCCUCCACACGUUAACCAGUCGAGCUAAAGCCAGCCUGCCUCUUACACAAGCAGGACCCAACCUGCUCAACUUCUGGCCUCCGCUGAACCAACACGGCAAGACCCCUCGCUCCCGUCGUGGGGACAGUGUGUGGGACGCUCCCCCUGCCCUGGCCGCUCUAGUCAGGCGUGUCUAUGUCUCCAUGGUGGGCACCCGCAGGGACCAGAGUGUGUGUGCGGUGGGACGCAGCGGCACAGGCAAGACCACCUCCUGCCAAGCCUUCACACACACACUCCUGAAACAGGCUGGUACUGCCGGAGACAGCAUCAGUGUGGAGCGUAUCCAGGCAGUAUUCACAAUCCUGAGGUCGUUUGGGUGUGUGAGCUCUCAGCACAGUGAUGCCUCUUCUCGCUUCGCCAUGGUUCUCUCUCUGGACUUCAACCAUGCUGGACUGGCCUCUGCCGGACACCUACAGACUAUGAUGUUAGAGAAGUGGAGAGUGUGUCAAAAGAUGGAGGGAGAGAGUAACUUCCUGGUCUUCUCCCAGAUGCUGGCUGGACUCAGUACAGAGAUGAGGACGGAGCUGCAGAUGCACCAAUUCCCAGAGGCCAACUGUUUUGGAAUAGUCCCUCCCACCAAGGUGGAAGAAAAGCAGCGUGCAUCAGUGGCCUUCACCAAGCUGCUGGUUGCCAUGGAAACUCUGGGCUUCUCGGCCAAUGAGCAACGAGCAAUAUGGCAUGUCCUGGCAGGGUUGUACCAUCUGGGAGCAGCGGGGGCAUGUAAAGUGGGGCGUAGGGCGUUUGUGAGUUUCGACAGUGCCCAGGUGGCCAGUAGUGUAUUGGGGUGUGAGGGGGAGGAGCUCCACACAGCAGUAUUCAAACACCACCUCAGACAGCUGCUGCAGAGAGCCACCGGGGGCGGCAGAGAGAGACACGCUACUACUGAUGCAGAGGAGGGUCCCAGGAUGAGUGCUACUCAGUGUGUAGAUGGCAUGGCUUCUGGACUGUACGAAGAACUCUUCACGGCUAUAGUGUCACUUAUCAACAGGGCUCUGAGCUCUCAGCAGCUGACAUUAGCCUCUGUGAUGGUGGUGGACACUCCAGGCCUCCGCAACCCCAGACACAGUGCAGAGGAGAGGGCUGCAGGCUGGUCUGAACUCUGUCAUAACUACCUACAAGAGAGACUGCUGGAGUACUACUACACACACACCUUCACACACACACUGGAAAGAUACGCACAGGAUGGAGUUCAGGUAGACUUUGAAGCUCCAGAGACCAGUCCUGCUGAGGUGGUGUCCUCCAUAGACCAGCCUGCUCUACAGGUGCGAGGGGCAGAGGGAGACCCCAGAGGACUGCUGUGGGUUCUGGAUGAGGAGAUGGUGACUCCAGGAUCGACAGAAAACACUGUCCUGGAGAGAGUCUGCCAGUACUACAGCUCUACUGUGCGUAAGUGUGAACAGCCCCUGCAGUGUGAGGUGAGCCACCUGAUGGGUUCUGACCCGGUCAGAUAUGACCUGACGGGAUGGUUCAGCCUGGUCCAGAACAACCCUUCUGCUCUCAACGCCAUCUCACUGCUGCAGAAUUCCUCUGUUGGGGUAGUGAAGGCGUUAUUCGGCCCCCGUGCCUCUGUGCCCCCUCUGUGUCGUGGUUUGGGAGGGGUGGAGGGGGGCAGCCAGCGUUCGCUACAGAGGAGUGGCACCGUCAGAAAGACCUUCAGCGGAGGAAUGGCCGCCAUACGCCGACACUCCCACUGUAUAUCAGUCAAACUACAGGCCGAUGCUCUAUUGAAUCUGAUUCGUCGAGCCAGGCCAGUGUUCCUGCAGUGUGUGGGUGCUAAGACAGACAGCGGUUGUGGAGGAUUCGACGUCCCUGCUCUCAGGAUCCAGCUACACUCUACACACAUCCUCCCCGCCCUGCAGCUCUAUCGCACAGUGCUCACCUGUAUAGCUAUGCUCCCUCCCUACCUCCCCCUUCUCUCUCUCCACUCUCUUUCUGUCUCCCCUUCUUUCUACCCGUCCUCCCACCAGGUGUUUAUGAAGCGAGGUGUGUUAAAGUACCUGGACCAGCAGAGAGACAAGCUGGUCAGUGUCUGGCUGGUUCACCUACAGGCUGCCUGUAUGGGACACCUGGCUAGACAACAACACCGCAAAAUGAAGGCGAGUUUGACCCCUGACCCAGAAUCAUUAGCCGUGCACCUGCGUUUUGAGAUGGAGAUGGAGAGAAUGAAACAGAUUCAUCUUAAAGAGCUGGAGGAUAAAGAGGAGGAGUUAGAGGACGUACACAAGUCCUCCCAGAGACGGCUUCGUCAGCUAGAGAUGCAGCUGGAACAAGAGUAUGAAGAGAAACAGAUGGUUGUUCAUGAGAAACACGACCUGGAGGGACUCAUAGCUACACUUUGUGACCAGGUGGGACACAGGGACUUUGAUGUGGAGAAGAGACUGAGGAGAGAUCUGAAGAGAACCCAUGCCCUGCUGGUUGAUGCUCAGCUACUACUGUCUACCAUAGACAACCCUGGACACAGCCAGGCUCCCGGCAGCAAGGAACACAUAGAGCGUCUGCACUGCCAGUUGGAGGAGAGUGAGGCAAGGAGAGCGGAGGUGGAGAGUGUUCAGAAGACUCUGUCCAUGGAACUGGAGAAUGCUCAGAUAGAACUAGAGAACAUCUGCAAACACAAGAGUCUGGUGGAUGAGCAGGUAGCUCAGCUGCAACAUGACAAGUCUGAUCUGUUGAAGAGACUAGAGGAGGACCAGGAGGACCUUAAUGAACUCAUGAAGAAACACAAAGCUCUCAUUGCACAGUCCUCCAGUGAUAUUUCACAGAUCAGAGAGUUACAGGCUGAACUGGAGGAGGCCAAGAAACAGCAACACACACUCCAGGAAGAGCUCGCAACCAGUAUGGCCAGGGUGCAGUUCCUAGAGUCGUCCACCGUGGGGCGUAGUAUCGUCAGUAUGCAAGAGGCCAGGGUGUGUGACCUGGAGAACAAGCUGGAGUUCCAGAGAGGACAGGUCAAGAGGUUUGAGGUGUUGGUGCUGCGUCUGAGGGAUAGUGUGGUGCGUCUGGGAGAGGAGCUGGAGCAGAGUGCCCAGACAGAGGUCCGAGAGAGAGAGAACAGUCAGUACUACCAACAACGCCUCCACCACAUGAGACAGGAGGUUGAAGACCUGUCUCAGAGAGAACAGGACAGCAGCCGCAGAUGCUUGGAGCUGGAGAUGCAAGUGACAGAGCUGAGUGCGGUCAGACAGACAUUACAAGCUGAUCUGGAGACAUCCAUCCAUCGUAUCGUUGAUCUGCAAGCCGCCCUGGAGGAGGUGGAGUCUAGUGACGAAAGUGAUGAUGAGAGUGUUGCGACGGCUGUGGAAUCCUUUGCUAAGAAGAGAGACCUCGACAGUGUGUCUAGUGUUGGUUCUCAAUCUCUGGGCACAGAGGAUGUUGGAGAGGGCAUCCGCCAUUGGCUGGGUGUUCCCCGAGGUGGGGCCAGACGGGGCUCUCCCUAUGGCAGCAGUACCAUCAGCAACCAGUCGGGGCGCCAGUCUGUCACAGACACCAUGAGCACUUACAGCUUCCGCUCCUGUGUGGACCCAGAUGAGAAUGGUUUAGAACCAGGGGGUGUGGUUGGUAAUGGGGGAAGUUCACAUCUUGGUCGGGCCUCCUCCUCCUCUGCCCUCUCUGAGCUAUUAGAGGGGCUUCGUAAGCGGCGAGGGGGAGCAGAGUCUGGGGAGGGGGAUGGCAGUACCAUUUCUCUCCCUAUCUACCAGACCACUGGGGCCUCAACCCUCCGCCGCAGAGCCUCAGCCCUCUCUCUGGGCCCCGAAGACCUCCAGGAGCCCCGCAGCAUCCUCAAACCUCCCUCCCCACUGCUGCCACGUGCCGCCAGCCUGCGCAACAUAGGCGAACCCCAGGCUUCAUCUGCAGCUUCUAGGGACUCCGGAGCCAAACGCUACAACUCCUCCGAUUCUCUCUCCUCCCUCCCCUCUCUCCCCCUCCUCUCCUCCCUCACUUCCCCCACUGCCCCCCGCCGUCGCCCCCCCACUAUCUCCAUCCCAGAGGAAGACAGUGAAGAACCAUUUAGAUCCCUGUGCUCCCCCCAGCGCUCCCCCCAGCCAAUGAGACGCAGGCUGCUGGAGAGCGUCGUCAGCGAGGGCGGUGGGGAGGGCUGUCUGGGGUCGGAACCCAUGGUGUUCCAGAACCGCCGCCUCAUAAGCGACGGUAACCGUGAUGACGCGGCCUCUGACAUUCUGCCGGCCAUCCGAAGGGCCCAGUCCACCAGCAGCCUGGCCAGUUCAGUCAGAGGGGGUCGGAGGGCACUCAGCGUCCACUUUGGAGAGCUGCCCCCCUCCACACGCAGCAGGAAGGGCUCCGACUCCAGCUCCACCAGCUCAGGGUCUGGGGGGAGCUCCCAGGGAGGAGGGGUCAGGCGUAGUGGAGGUGGGGGGCCGCAGGGAGAAAGGCUGGAUGCGGAGGGCAGCGAGGGGGGAGACGUUGCUUCUGUCAUGAAGAAAUACCUGAGGAAGAGUGAAGACCUGAGGAAGAGUGAGAUUGACUAAAAGGAGAGGAGAGAGACUGAGCCUGCAUGUGUGUGUGUGAGAAAGAAUCAACUGAAGCCACUCCCAGAGACACCUAUGCAAGCUGCAAGGAGCCAUUAAAGAUAUCUACAAACUCGUGCCAAAUAAAUCAAUGAAGAUAGUUACACGCUUAAGGUAAAGAUGCGCAGAAGAUUUAAACACAUUGAAGCCAACGAGUCAAGACAUACACACACUUGUGUGUAUGGAUUGUGCUGUUCAUGGAAAAAUGUGAACCCACUGAAGAUAAAAUAUCAGUUAGAUUAGAAGCACUGUUUGUACACUAAUAAAAAUAUUUAAAUGAAAA